CCUUUGCUUAUCUAUAAAUUGUUUUUGUGCAUAUAAGCACAAUUGCAAUAUAGUCAUAAAAAAAUAAGAGCCAAACCUUAAGAGUAUAAGCCUCUAGUUAGAGAACAGAUAUCUAGCAUAAAAUGUACAAGACAUCAAAUUUCAGUUCAAAUUCUUUGCAGCCUAGGAUGUUAGUGAACAGGUUUUCAUGUACCUUGAGUAACCAAAGAGUGAGAAUUGGACACAGCACAAAGGUACCUCGGAAUGUAAACAUGGAGAAACUGCAACAUGGCUAUUUAUUUCCUGAGAUUGAAAGACAUGAGCUUCUUCACUUAAAGAAGUAUCCACAUGCAAAUGUGAUAGACCUUGGAAUUGGUGAUACUACAAAACCCUUACCAGCGAUUGUAACAUCAAGCAUGGUUGAUUUUGUGCAUGGUCUUUCAACAGCAGAAGGUUAUAAAGGAUAUGGACCUGAGCAAGGUGAAAAGGCUUUGAGGAAGGCAAUUGCUCAUAAAGUUUACAAAGAUCUAGGGAUAAAACCCUCAGAGGUUUUUGUUUCAGAUGGUGCACAAUGUGAUAUUUCUCGUCUUCAGCUGCUUAUGGGUCCCAAUCUGAAGAUAGCUGUACAGGAUCCAUCCUUUCCGGCCUACAUAGACUCAAGUGUCAUAAUUGGUCAUGCUGGCAAGUUUGUAGAUAGAAUUGGCAAAUAUGAAAACAUAGAAUACAUGACAUGUGGGCCUCAAACUGACUUUUUCCCAGAUCUGCAUACCACUUCAAGGGCACAACUAAUUUUCUUCUGUUCACCUAACAAUCCUACUGGCCAUGCAGCAACAAGAAAACAAUUGCAGCAACUUGUGGAUUUUGCCAAAGUUAAUGGAUCAAUCAUUAUCUAUGACUCUGCAUAUUCUGCUUAUAUAACUGAUGGUAGUCCUAAAUCAAUCUAUGAAAUUCCUGGAGCCAGAGAGGUUGCAAUUGAAGUGUCAUCCUUCUCUAAAUUUGCCGGCUUCACAGGUGUUCGCCUUGGUUGGACAGUGGUCCCUGAAGAACUGUUAUAUUCAAACGGCUUCCCUGUUUUGCAUGAUUUCAACCGCAUAGUGUGUACCUGCUUCAAUGGAGCAUCCAACAUAUCUCAGGCUGGGGGACUAGCAUGUCUUUCCCCAGAGGGUCUUAAUGCUGUGCAGUCCCUUGUUGACUACUACAUGGAGAAUGCAAGAAUACUGGUCACUGCUUUGACCUCUCUUGGUUUGACAGUUUAUGGUGGUAAAAAUGCACCCUAUGUUUGGGUCCGAUUUCCAGGCUCAAAGUCUUGGGAUGUCUUUGCUGAAAUUCUUGAGAAUACACACAUAAUUACAAUUCCAGGGAGUGGUUUUGGUCCAGGUGGUGAAGGGUAUAUAAGAAUUAGUGCUUUUGGCCAGAGAGAUUCUAUUAUUGAAGCCUCAGAGAGACUCAAAUACCUUCUCUACUAGGAGGGAUUCUAACGUUUUAUUUCUGAAACCUAUUCAUAAAAUAAAGCAAAAUGGCAAAUAUGAACCUUCACCACUUCUAUGAACUAUAUAUACUAUCUUCGUCUAGUUAUAAUACAUUGUGUAUUUGCAGCGUAACGAAUAUGUGGAACUCAAUCCUUUACUGUCACAACUGACAGUUACAGAACAAAUGUAAGGUUGAAUGGUAAUUUAGAGAGCUUGAAUUAAGCUCGUGAAUGUUGGUUGAGGAUAGGAUUCUUCUCUUUACUUACAAGUAUUUGAAGUUACUAAAGUGAUGCUAUUAAUUGCAUUGGUUUUCUGUCAA